AUGCCAACUGCAAAGAUCGUCCUGAAAAAGGACUUGGAAUUCCUUGUACAGGACGAUCCUUGCAGAAAGAUAACAAUCUUGCGGAAAGCCAAGGAAGGGAUCAUGCGCGCCAUUGGCCAGCAGAUGCUGAAGCACCCCGAGAAGACACUCGUGUCGAACGCAAGGAUCGGGUUCGACCGGUGCCUGAGCUCCAGCUACGCGUACAUGUUUCCCGAGACGGUGCUCAAGGUCGAGGAGGCCAGGACCGCGGGCCGCCUGAUCGUCUCCAGGGACGCCUUCUACCACGCCAUGGCCGUAUACACCUUUCCCAAGGGAUCGCCCUACGUGGCCACGUUCAGCAAAGGCAUGAAAAGCUUCAUGUUCAUGGGUCUGGUGGACAAGUGGCUAGGCGACUUCUUAUGGCUCCUGCGCGCGAACGCCAGCUUCACGGACCUGCAGACAGCGGGGAGCCACGGAGAACGUCCCAUCAACGUGAUCGACCUGCAAGGGUCCUUCUUCGUGCUGGUCCUGGGAUUCACGGCGGGAUUUCUGGCGCUCUGGGUCGAACGUCUCCACGUGCGAGCGCGUCAACCCCGGCAUCGUGUCGCCAAGCUUCACUAG